CCAGACACAGCAGGAGCGCGCCGUGGCGGUGCAGUUUCAACCUCGUCCUCCCAGCCGCGCGCACACCGCUUCCUCCCCGAGCCGCGGGAACCGCAGCAGCUCCGGGCUGCCGCCGCCGGGCUCCGCGCGCCUGCCCGCUCGCCGCCGCCACCACCUCCCCUCGUCGGCGCUCAGCCCGCAGCUGUUUCCUCCUGCCAGCCUCUGAACUCUGGAUCUUUUCCUUUGCUCGCCUCUCGUAUUCUCCCCACCCUGUAUUUUCUGAACUCCUUUCCUUUAUCCUUAGCCACCCUGCCCUUUCCUCCUCUUUUUACGGAGGAUUUCUUCUUGACUGAAGAUGACCUGUCUUCCUUACCUUCGUUUCAGCCCUGAAGACUGAGAAGGAACCUUUAGCUUUCCCCCAGGGGCAUUUUAGAGACCUCAAUCCUUAAAAGUCUUCAGAGGCAGAGAAACAGGACCCGGGACCUUCUCGACACCCUUGGGUCCAGUGCAGAGCUGCACUAUCACCCAUAACUAGUAUUUAAUUUAAGCCCGCCGAAGAGGAGGGAGAGAGGAGCCAGAAGCAAACUUCGGCCGUCUCAGAGGAUCCGUGGUUCCCGCAUUUGGAAGAGCCGCGUGCCAGAAGGCGGAGGACCCCACGGGGAACGCACAGGAGUCGCGAGCCUCCCUCGCCCCCUCCGCGAGUCCGGCGCCGCGGACUGAGCCGCGCGGGACAGCAGCGGCGGAGGCAGCCAGGAGAAGAUGCGGGGCUCGGGGCCCCCGGGUGCGGGACGCCGGAGGCCCCCGGGCAACGGCGGCGGUGGCGGCGGCGACGGCCACCCCAGCACCCCUGCGUCUCUGGCCGGCUGCUACUCCGCACCUCGCAGGGCCCCCCUCUGGACGUGCCUUCUCCUGUGCGCCGCGCUCCGGACCCUCCUGGCCAGCCCCAGCAACGAAGUGAAUUUAUUGGAUUCACGUACUGUCAUGGGGGACUUGGGAUGGAUUGCUUUUCCAAAAAAUGGGUGGGAAGAGAUUGGCGAAGUUGAUGAAAAUUAUGCCCCUAUCCACACAUACCAAGUAUGCAAAGUUAUGGAACAGAAUCAGAAUAACUGGCUUUUGACCAGUUGGAUUUCCAAUGAAGGUGCUUCCAGAAUCUUUAUAGAACUCAAGUUUACUCUGCGUGACUGCAACAGUCUUCCUGGAGGAUUGGGAACCUGUAAGGAAACCUUUAACAUGUAUUACUUUGAGUCGGAUGAUGAGAAUGGGAGAAACAUCAAGGAAAACCAGUACAUCAAAAUUGAUACCAUUGCUGCCGAUGAAAGCUUUACAGAGCUUGAUCUUGGUGACCGCGUUAUGAAACUGAAUACAGAGGUCAGAGAUGUAGGACCUCUAAGCAAGAAAGGAUUUUAUCUUGCCUUUCAAGAUGUGGGUGCUUGCAUUGCUCUGGUUUCUGUGCGUGUGUACUAUAAAAAAUGCCCUUCUGUGGUACGUCACUUGGCUGUGUUCCCUGACACAAUCACUGGAGCUGACUCCUCGCAGUUGCUUGAAGUGUCAGGUUCCUGUGUCAACCAUUCUGUGACAGACGAACCACCCAAAAUGCACUGCAGCGCUGAAGGGGAGUGGCUGGUGCCCAUCGGGAAAUGCAUGUGCAAGGCAGGAUAUGAGGAGAAAAAUGGCACCUGUCAAGUGUGCAGACCUGGGUUCUUCAAAGCCUCACCUCACAGCCAGACCUGCAGCAAAUGUCCACCUCACAGUUUUACCCAUGAGGAAGCUUCAACCUCUUGUGUCUGUGAAAAGGAUUAUUUCAGGAGGGAGUCUGAUCCACCCACAAUGGCAUGCACAAGACCCCCCUCUGCUCCUCGGAAUGCCAUCUCAAAUGUUAAUGAAACUAGUGUCUUUCUGGAAUGGAUUCCCCCUGCUGACACUGGUGGAAGGAAAGAUGUCUCAUAUUAUAUUGCAUGCAAGAAGUGCAACUCCCAUGCAGGUGUGUGUGACGAGUGUGGAGGUCAUGUCAGGUACCUCCCCCGGCAAAUCGGCCUGAAAAACACCUCUGUCAUGAUGGUGGAUCUGCUCGCUCACACAAACUAUACCUUUGAGAUUGAGGCAGUGAAUGGAGUGUCCGACUUGAGCCCAGGAGCCCGGCAAUAUGUGUCUGUAAAUGUAACCACAAAUCAAGCAGCCCCCUCUCCAGUCACCAAUGUGAAAAAGGGGAAGAUUGCAAAAAACAGUAUCUCUUUGUCUUGGCAAGAGCCAGAUCGUCCCAAUGGAAUCAUCCUGGAGUAUGAAAUUAAAUAUUUUGAGAAGGACCAAGAAACCAGCUAUACAAUUAUCAAAUCUAAAGAAACAACUGUAACUGCAGAGGGCUUGAAGCCAGCUUCAGUAUACGUCUUCCAAAUUCGAGCACGCACAGCAGCAGGCUAUGGUGUCUUCAGUCGAAGAUUUGAGUUUGAAACCAUCCCAGUGUCAGUUGCAGCCUCCAGCGAUCAAAGCCAGAUUCCUAUAAUUGCUGUGUCUGUGACAGUGGGAGUCAUUUUGUUGGCAGUGGUUAUCGGCUUCCUCCUCAGUGGAAGUUGCUGCGAAUGUGGCUGUGGAAGGGCUUCUUCCCUGUGCGCUGUUGCCCAUCCAAGCCUAAUAUGGCGGUGUGGUUACAGCAAAGCAAAGCAAGAUCCAGAAGAGGAAAAGAUGCAUUUUCAUAAUGGGCACAUUAAACUGCCAGGAGUAAGAACUUAUAUUGAUCCACACACCUAUGAGGAUCCCAAUCAAGCUGUCCAUGAAUUUGCCAAGGAGAUAGAAGCUUCAUGCAUCACCAUUGAAAGAGUUAUUGGAGCAGGUGAAUUUGGUGAAGUUUGUAGUGGACGGUUGAAACUUCCAGGAAAAAGGGAAUUACCUGUGGCAAUCAAAACCCUCAAAGUAGGCUAUACAGAAAAGCAACGCCGAGAUUUCCUGGGCGAAGCAAGUAUCAUGGGGCAGUUUGAUCAUCCUAACAUCAUCCACUUAGAAGGUGUUGUGACCAAAAGCAAACCCGUGAUGAUAGUGACGGAGUACAUGGAAAAUGGCUCUUUAGAUACAUUUUUAAAGAAAAACGAUGGGCAAUUCACUGUGAUUCAGCUUGUUGGCAUGCUGAGAGGCAUCGCUGCGGGAAUGAAGUACCUUUCCGACAUGGGCUACGUGCAUAGAGACCUUGCUGCCAGAAACAUCUUAAUCAACAGUAACCUUGUGUGCAAAGUGUCUGACUUUGGACUUUCCAGGGUGCUGGAAGACGAUCCCGAGGCAGCCUAUACCACCAGGGGAGGCAAAAUUCCAAUCAGAUGGACGGCCCCAGAAGCUAUAGCUUUCCGAAAGUUUACCUCUGCCAGUGAUGUCUGGAGCUAUGGAAUCGUGAUGUGGGAGGUUGUGUCUUAUGGGGAGAGACCCUAUUGGGAGAUGACCAAUCAAGACGUGAUUAAAGCAGUGGAGGAAGGCUACCGUCUGCCAAGCCCCAUGGACUGUCCUGCUGCUCUCUACCAGUUAAUGCUGGAUUGCUGGCAGAAAGACCGAAAUAGCAGGCCCAAGUUUGAUGAAAUUGUCAACAUGUUGGAUAAGCUGAUACGUAACCCAAGUAGCUUGAAGACGCUGGUUAAUGCAUCGAGCAGGGUAUCUAAUUUAUUGGCAGAACAUGGCCCACUGGGAUCUGGGGCCUACAGAUCAGUAGGUGAAUGGCUAGAAGCAAUCAAAAUGGGCCGGUAUACAGAGAUUUUCAUGGAAAAUGGAUACAGUUCAAUGGACGCUGUGGCUCAGGUGACCUUGGAGGAUUUGAGACGGCUUGGAGUGACUCUUGUCGGUCACCAGAAGAAGAUCAUGAACAGCCUUCAAGAAAUGAAGGUGCAGCUGGUAAAUGGGAUGGUGCCACUGUAACUUCCUUUUCAUGUCACUUCGUCAAGUGAAUGAUUCUGCACUUUGUAAACAAGCCCUGAGAUUUAUUUUAACAAAAAAAAAGGGGGGGGGGGAAGGGAAAACUCAGUGAUUUCUAAACCUUAGGAGAGCCUUGUUCAAGCCACAGAAUUUGUAAUCAGUGUUUUACUAAAAUCUCCUUAUCUUC